AUGAUUCGGCCCUUGGCGCGUCGCGCUCGCAAAGCAGGGGGUUCGACCCCUCUGCCUUCUCUUUCUUGGCUCUCCUUUCUGUCUCCUCUCCCUCUCGCCCCCGCGGCGACGUCCGCCGCCGUCUCCUUCUCUUCUGUCUCAUCAUCUACAUCGUCCUUCCGCUGUUCUUCUCUGCGCGCGCGGCGGGCGCUUGUCGAGUCUUCUGUCUCAGGUUCCUUGGGUUUGUCUCCGUCGUCUGCCUGUGUUGGCGGGCGAGGCGUCGCGCGCAGCCUCGCGCCCGCGACUGGUCUCUUUUCCGCGCACCUGCCGGCUUCUCCUCUUCCUUCUUGUUUGCAUGCCUCUCCCGUGAUUCCUCCGCUGGUCGCGCGCAACGCAGCUGGUCAACAGCCAGGAGGGUCGCGUCGCCUCGCGUUUCCUGUCGCAGGAAGCGCCUUCUGCGUCACCGCGUCCCCCUCGGGCUGGGGCGGCGCCGACGACGCGCCGCACACUGCCGCGCGUCUCCUCCCCUCUCGCAACUUCUCCUCAGGGUUGCCCAACACGAAACGAUCGAUCCGCGAUCCGCUGUGGCGCCGCGCGGGGUGGUGGCGUUGGCGGCAGCGAGAGGUCUCAGCGCUGAAUCGGGGACGCGCGUUCCGGCGGCAUUUGUUUCCGCGAUUCGUCACUGACACGAUUUCGUUUGAGGACGUGGCGGAGGCGGAGGCGAAGGCCUUUCGCGCGACGGUCGCGGAGACGGGUCGCUACCCCGGUCAGCGGGUGAAUUUUUUCGUUCCCCAAGUCGAGGGCGCGCGGCUGGAUCCGUUCUCAGCUCUACCGAGUAGGCAGAAACGCCUCAAGCUCCGUCGGCGCGCGGUGCGUGAGGCGGAGGAGGCUGAGCGCGAGCGCGAAGGAAUUGACUUUGUCUGGCGGAAGAAGGGCGGCGGGCGCGUCUGGGAAGAGAAAAAGAUGAACAUUCCGCUGGGCAAGAAGAAGCUGCUGCUGUACUGCAACAUUAUCAAGGGGUUGCAGAUUACGGAUGCGAUCGACUGGCUUUCCUCGCUCUGUCUCCACCGCGUGAACUACCUGCUGAAUCUGCUGAACGCGACGCGGAAGAAGAUCCACGAACAGGGCGGAGACAUCUCGCGCGUCUACGUCGACAGCUACAUGCUCAACAUCCAGGGGAAGAUCAAGCGGCCACAGUUCCGCCUCCGCUCGGUCAACUUGAUCAAGACGUGGAAGUUCGCCGUCAUCCUCCGCUUCCGCGAAUACCCCAUGGACGAGUACUUCCACAAGCUCUUCAUACUCAAACACACCCCCCGCAGCCUCACGACCGACAUGCGCCUCGCCCUCUCCACCCAACGCGUCAACCCCCAAGCCGUCCGCGACUGGUUCCCCUUCCUCGACAGCAAAACGCGAUUCUGGCACCGAAAGAGACUCAAGUGGCUUGAUCGCACGCGGCAGUUCGACUACUGCCUCGCGCGCCGCGUCUUCAAGAGCAAAUACGAGGCGAACUGCCGGCGUCGCAGAGUGCAAGUCCUUCAGGCCAGAGGCGCCUCCGACGCUGUCAUCGAGCAAGAAAACCUCUGA